AUGGCGCAGGCGGGGAGCCUUGUACGCCUGCCCCCAGCCGAGGGCUGCACCGCCUCACCCACACCUUUCUCCCACCAUGGGGACCGCAGGCCCUGGCCACCUAUCUCCUCCAGCCCUGAACCAGGCCGGCACAGCCCCCCACGCUGCCUCACCCCCAACCUCAAUGCUGGUCGCCUGCACCUCCUGCGCAAAGGCCUGGCCCCCGAGACCCGCCGCUGCCCCCCUGGCCUCUACAACAGCACCGGCUCCUUGGCUCGCAAGCCAACAGAGAUGGGGUCUUUUGGCAACGGGGGCUGCCCAGGUGGGGGGCGGCUGACAGCCCCCUGCACCCCGCGGAGGGGCCAUCCCGCCCCGAGUCUCACGUCGCCCGGCAGCCGCAGCCCACUGGUGGCCCCAGAGGGACGCAGCUCCGUUGUCACCUUCCGCUUCAUCGAGAAGGCCAGCGUGCGGCCCCUCAGCGGGCCCCAGGAGAAUGGCCCCGCAGAGCCCACUGGGGGCUGGCGUGUGCCACCUGGGCAGCCCCAGCCCCAGGAACAGCUGCUCCGCAGACUGAAGCUGGAGGCCUCUGUGUCUGACCCGCUCCUGACUGGCUGCAGGUCCCCAGGGGAGACACGUCCCCACGAAGGCAGAAGGGAUCCCCAUUCUCUCACCACCAGCUGCCUCUUCGGCUCCCUCACCAAUGGGCUGCAGGCCCCGCCACAGGACGUCCCCGCCAGCCCCCGGCCCCAGGGCAGCGCCUGGCCGUGCCCCCGGCAGAGCUCAGCUCAUGCCCAGCGCAUCGCCCGUGCCAAGUGGGAGUUUUUCUAUGGCUCGCUGGGUGCCCCGAAAACAGGCUCCUCAGCCUCCGACACUGAGCCUCCACUGCAGCCCAGCCACCCACUGCCUGCAGAGCCACCCAGCUCGCUUCCCAAGCAUGGCCUGAGCCAUGUGGAGGUGGAGAUCGAGGUGUCCCCAGCAGGCAGCAAGGAGCAGGGCUCCUGUGAGACGGGCAUCAUUAGGAGGGCUGUGAAGUACUCCGAGACAGAUCUGGACACCGUGCCGCUCCGCUGCUACCGCGAAACCAACAUUGACGACAUCCUGGCUGAGAGGGAUGAGGUGGAUUCUGCUAUCGAAAGCCAGAAGGACAGCGAGAGCAACCCCAGCUUUGCAGGGACUCCAGGCAGGAGGGACAGCAUGCCUGAGGGGAACCCUGAGCACGGUAUCCCGAGCACAAAGGAUGGAAUGCACGACAGAGACGCAGAUGAGGACGACGAGGUGUUUGAGGCCACGAUGAAGGAGAGCAGGGAAAGGAUCAUGGAUCGAGACACAGAGGGUAUGCUCAAGUCUCCAGUGCCCUUCCUGCUAGGGCACAGCCUCUCCAAGGAUGGCAUGGACUCUUUCAGCAAGCAUUUUGAGAGCAUCAUGGAGUCCCAUCGAGCCAAAGGCACAUCUUACACCAGCCUGGACUCCAUUGACAUCCUCUCCUCCCCAGCCCACACUCAUGGGACCUUUUUCACUUUUGAUCUCCCAACACUCACCCCAGAAGUACAGGGACAGAUACGAGACAGUGUGAAGCUGAUCGAGGAGAACUUUGCUCCUCUGGCUCACUUGGAGCCGGACUCUGGGACCAGUUCAGCCACCGAUGCCCCCUGGACUGAGAGGGAGGAGGAGAAGGGGAGGCGAAGGAAGGGUGCUCGGCACAGCCCUUGCUGCUCAGAGGACAGCUUUGGUACUCCCUUGGCCUCCAACAUGAGUGUCACGCUCUGCUGUGUCCGGGCGGCCACGGAGCAGCGCGGGGCCCAGCGUGGACGGCGGUGCCGGAGGCCCGGGGACGCGAGGCGAGCUGUCCGGCCCGCACAUGCCACACACGUGCACGAGAGCGGCGGUGCGGCUCAGAAUCCCGCGGCGGCAACAGGGCCAGGUGCCACCUGCGCGGCCCUGCGAGGCCCGGCGGGGGCGGGGGCGUGCGCGGGGACCGCGGGGACAGCGCGGCCGCUGGCGGCGGCGCCCGCCGCCACCGGCACCGGCACCAUGAUCGGCGUCAACAGCAUCAACAGCAGCGCGGGCCGCAUGCGGUCCCGCUCCAUGUGCUCCGUGCGCUACGGGCGCAACUAUCGCGGCGUGGAGACCUUCUGCUACGGCUGGCCCCAGCGCUCCCGCACCCUGAAACCGGUGCUGUACACCGACCUGGUCGUCAGCCGGCUCCAGAGCCGCCGCAAGAAGAAGCCGGCACUGUAUGGCUCCAUCAAGAACGAGAAGCUGCAGUGGGCCAUAGACGAGGAGGAGCUGAGGAAGUCCCUUUCAGAGCUGGCUGAUCCCAAACCUAAGUCCAUCAAACGCAUCAGCAGCUGCAGUAACCCCUUCCUGGACUUCUCCCAGGACUCCAGCAUCGCCACCUACAAGCACGGACUGUUAGUGCGCAAGAUCCAUGCUGAUCCCGACUGCAAGAAAACCCCCCGAGGGAAGCGCGGCUGGAAGCCUUUCCACGCCAUCCUGAAAGGGAUGAUUCUCUAUCUGCAGAAGGAGGAAUACAAGCCAGGGAAGGCGCUGGCAGAAGAGGAGCUGAAGAACGCCAUUAGCAUCCACCACUCGCUUGCCACACGGGCAUCAGACUACAGCAAGAGGCCCAAUGUCUUCUACCUCAGGACAGCUGACUGGAGGGUCUUUCUCUUCCAAGCACAGAACUCCGAGCAGAUGCACUCGUGGAUCACACGCAUCAACGUGGUGGCAGCCAUGUUCUCUGCACCCCCCUUCCCUGCUGCCAUCGGCUCCCAGAAGAAGUUCAGCCGCCCGCUGCUCCCCAGCUCCUGCACCCGGCUGUCCCAGGAUGAGCAAGUGAAGAGCCACGAGUCCAAGUUCAAGACGAUGUCAGCAGAGCUACUGGAGCACCGCUCCUCUCUGCCGGAUAAGAAGGUGAAGGGCAAGGAGUACGAGGAGCUGAAGCAGAAGGAGGAGUACCUGGAGUUUGAGAAAUCCCGCUACGGCACCUACGCCAUGCUGCUGCGGGCCAAGCUGAAGGCUGGCUCUGAGGACCUGGCGGCGUUUGAAUCCACGCUCUUUGACGCAGCAGGCGGUGAGGAUGAUGGCCUGAAAAAAUCCCGCUCCAGCCCCUCGCUGAACGCCGAGCCCUCCAGCACAGGCACCAAGGUGAAGCGCAACAUCUCAGAGCGUGCCAGCCGCCAGCCCCCCGGCCACCCCCAGAAAUCAUAAGCCAGGGGCAUCAGCCGCCUGCGCUGCAGCUCCGAUCCUGCCCAAGGGCGCUGGGUGGGUGCCACAUACCUGCUGGGACCCUGCAUGAGUCCAUCCUCUGGGGGCACACGUCACUGUGGGGACAGCCAUACUCAGCCACCAACAGCAGUCCAGUGGCCCCUGGGCCAGAGACAGAUGUAGGGCAGGACCAAGGGGCUGCAGGUCGGAGCUGCCCCACAGACUCAUUCCUGCUCCCCUUGUUCUGUGCUUGGCUGCAGGCUCCCCUCCAGCUCCCCACCCCCGGGAGGGGCAGGGACUGACACCCCCUGACUGGGCUACUUUCCUUGGUGUAAAACUGCAGCGCAGCCGCCAGCUGCUUUCCUCAAGCUCCUUUAUGCCAUGUGGAAUGGAGCCAUCCCUGGCCCCCAACUCCAAGGGCUGGGGGAACCCAGGUCCCCCUCCCCACUGCCCCCAUGCCUCUUGCUUUCUUACAACUUUUGGACGGUUUUUGUGAUACAGUUUUGCACUUUUUAGUACCAGAUUGAGCUGACCACCAGGGAGUUUUUUGGGGGGCUAAUUUUGAUGCUUUUUGAGAACUAUUUAAAAACAAACAAAACAACAAACAGAAAAACAGUGCACCAAACUCAGCCACAUCCUGUAGACCGUGCACUUCUAGGGGGGAAAUGUUUUUACAUGGACUCAAAGGAGGACGCAGAACCCCCCCAGACAGUGAGCUGAGCAUCACUGGUGUGCUGUGAGCCCCCACCCUGCACCAGCAGCCCUCCUGCAGAGCCCUGAGCUGAGCAGCAUUGCCUACAUGCUGGCUCUUUGCGAAUGUGGGCACAGCUCUGCAGUCUGGACGUGGCCCUGGGCCCUGCCUGGAUGUGCACUGGGCAGAGGUGGGUAUGGGGUGGGGGAUGGAGAGAAGGGGGCUUUCCUUCCAGUGCCACUUCUCCAAAGCAUCACAAGGGCCUUGGAGGAUGCAAAGCUGAGUGCCGCUCCAAUAAGAAGAGGAGGAGCAGAGGCUGGAGAGCCUUCUCUUUGGCUGCAGGCUCUCGGUUCCCAGGCAUACCCACAGGGUGAGCAUGGCCGGGAGGACGCUUGGAGCAAACACUGGUGCUCACGUAGCCGCAGGAGCACUGGAGGCAGAUGGCAGGCACUGGGGCUGGAGAAGGGCUGGGGGCUGCUGCCGCUCCUGGUGCGUGGGACCUCGCCAGUUUCAGCACUAUGCGAAUGUGUCAAACUUUUUAUUCUGCUCUUUUGAGUCUAUUGCAAAAAAAAAAAAAAAAAAAAAAAGAAGAAAAAAGAAAAAAAUAAUUCCACCCUUGCCCCAAGUGGCUCAGGGGGAGAAAAACCUUUGUACAGCUUCUUCUGUCGGUUACUGAAGUAAA